GGAGCUGUGCUGCCAUGGGACCCAAGAAGACUGCUGCUGCAGAGGCCGGCGAGAGGAAGAAGGAGAAGGUGAUGCUGGAAAUGAAGAAGGAGAUCAUCCGGAAGCACGACGGUGGAAUGCGUGUGACAGACCUCGCCAGGGAGUACGGGAGGAAUCCAUCGAUCAUCGGGACCAUCCUGAAGAUGAGGGAGAAGAUCCUUGCGACUGAUGCAGCCAAGGGAGUCACCAGGAUCGUGAAGAACCGCCCAGCUGUUCUGGAGGAGGUGGAGAAGUUGCUGCUCAUCUGGUUGGAAGAGAAGCAGCGUGCAGGGGACACAGUGACUGAGGCCGUCAUUUGUGAGAAGGCCAAGGCCUUGCACGCAGACCUCGUCCGGCAACAGCCAGGAACCUCAGGCGAGCCAGAAGUCUUCAAGGCAAGCAGAGGCUGGUUUGACCGGUUCAAGACAAGAUCUGGAAUCCACAGCGUGGUCAGGCAUGGAGAAGCUGCCAGUUCUGAUGUUCCUGCGGCUGAAGACUUUGCAGCGGAGUUCCUGGAGCGGCUGUCCUCCAAAGAACUGAGGGACAUUUGCCAGAAGUGGAAAGAUGUGCAGGCUUUUGCACAGUGGCACCACCCUGACAAGGACCUGACACGUCACCUUGCGAACACUUUUGAUACGAGGGUCAUGUCGCCUUUCAGGGAGGUGCUGAAAAGGCGGAUGAAGCAGCAGACCAUGGACAGGUUCUUCAGCAAGAAGCAAAGAGUGGAAGAGGAACCUUCUUCGAGUGGUCCCCCAGAGUCUUAGAAAAUGUACUGUACACUUUGUUGAUUUUUAAAUGUUUUUCUGUCAUGUUUAGAAACUUAAUUUAUUGUUCCUUCAGUUUUUGAAAUGCUCUUUACAGUAUGUGUGACUUUAAAGAGCACUUAAUAAACUCUUUUUGUACCAAA